UUAACAUUACAUUAAUAUUAUUUCUAUGAUAUUUAAUAUAACUCGUAUAAUUAACGUAAGCUUGGAGUAUUCAGUGUUUCAGAAAACCGGGGACCCCGAAAUAUUUCACGUACCUUACUAUAAUAAACUCGAACGAUACAUCCAACUUUUAGGGCAAGAUCCGCGUCAUAAAAAUAGCAUUAGAAAUAUAAUUGUAAUAAUAGUGGUGACUAGUAUCGCAAGCAUCACAAUUCCAACGACAAUAGAGAUACUUGCGUCAUUGCAUAAGAAGGACAUGGAUGGAGUCAUCGAAUGUCUGCCACAUUUUAUUGCAUCUUCCACCAGCGCUGUUAAAAUAUUAAAUAUGCAUUUCAACAGGCGAAAUUUUGACAAGCUGUUCCAACUUGUGGCAAAACAAUGGCAAGAGCUGAAAUUAAACGAUGAAUUGCACGUUCUAGAAGAAACCGUCAUGCAAGGCAACAGAAUGGCGCUAUUUUAUCGUAACACUUUAGUAUCUUUUAUGGGAUUAUUCUUGCUAGUGCCACUAAUUUCUCCCAUUCUCGAUAUUGUCCAUCCAAUAAACGGAACUCGAACACGCCAACAACUACUAAGAGUUAAUUACAUAUUUUUCAACGGUGACAACUAUUUCUUUUACAUUUAUUUACAAUUAUUUUGGAGCUCUGUGGUUGUGGUGUUCACCAUAAUAGGUGCAGAUUGGUUAUACAUGUUAAUAAUUCAUCACAGUAGUGGAUUAUUUGCAGUUUGUGGACAUCGAAUCCAAAAAGCAACUGUAAAUCCAAACUACUUUACUGGUAAAGCUAUUUCUAAGAAUUACACGUAUGAAAAGAUCCGGAAUUGCGCGGUAAUGCACAAUGAAGCCAUACGAUUUUCAGAUAUAUUGAAAGAAAGCAGUCGAAGUAGUUACUUAAUUCAGGUUGGGUUGAAUAUGUUGGGGAUAAGCGCGACUGCUGUUCAAACAGUAAUAAACUUAGACAGACCGGAAGAAGCAAUACGAAGUGCUGUAUUUUGUGGGGCUGAUCAAUUUCAUUUGUUUCUACUCAGCUUACCAGGCCAGGUGCUCCUGGAUCAUUGUUCUUAUUUAGCAGAUAAUAUUUACAGCUCCACAUGGUAUGGAACACCCGUGCAGAUUCAAAAAGUACUAUACGUGAUGCAAAUAAGAUGCAAAAGAUUUUGUUCAUUGACGGCAGGUGGAUUGUACGAAAUGAAUAUAGAAAACUUCGGAAUAGUAUGUAUCAGUCUAGCACUAUUAUAAAUGUAUGUUAAAUACUGUGCAAAUAUGUUUCAGAUAGAUUUCGUACUUUAUAUUCUAGAACUGACAUUUUAAAGUUUUAUUUAGCAUUAAUAGCGGCCCUUAUUUAUUCUACUGUUUACUUUUACUUGUUAUGUCACUGUAGUCAAUAUUAGUUAAAAUUUCGUUAAACAUCUAUUUUGAACUACAAAGUGAAAAAUCUAUUUGUCCACAAACCUUUGCACUGUACUUAUAUAUUGGUAUUACAU